AGCUUUGGCAACAUUGGACCGCCAUUGGUACCGACAGAUUUAUUUUAAACGUGCCAGACGACAAAUGUUUCAAAAUAUUUCAGGUCUGAUAAAGUGAAAAACAGUGAAUCGAUUAAAUGGAUAGGAAAAAUUUGUUAAAAGUCGGCAGGCGAAACUCGUUGAACAUUAGUUCACGAUCAUUGAAUGCGUCCCGCAACUUGGCUGAAACGUCCAAUUAUGCAUUGGAGAAUUUUGGCACGUCAUUGCCAGUGGCUGUUAUUGAACUUAUCGCCUCUGCUGAAAGAAAAACCGAGUGCAGUGUAACACUGUCUAAGGAUGGCUGGGCUUGGUUUGUGUGUGGGCGACAAUUAGUCAUUUGGAAGUUCUCAAAAUCAACUAGUGUUAGCUUGGCAAUGACACCUUCCAGGAAAUCGAUAGCUGUUUCCUCCCCAAAAUGCCAUGAAUUGACCUUACCACCAAGUGACCUGGCCCACAAAUCAGAUCUUGUAGCUGUUUUCUCCUCAGAGCCUGACAGUGUUCCAUCAUGCAUUGCAGUGUCUCCGGAGGGAACUGUCCGGUACUGGGAUUCAGUUGCUCACGAAAACUUUUUUGUUGAAAUCAAUGCAGACCUUCAGGGACAAGAGUGUGAUACUCUGAGUGAAGCCAUGCCUUUGGGCUGCCUAGUGGCCACAACGACAGCUAGCAUUUUGCUGUUGACUCCUCGGACGACAGACGGCCGACCUAAUAUACAAUGCCGGAAUUUCAAGACGCCUCAGGGACUCUUAGGCUCCAUUAGCCGGAGGAUGUCGUCAUUGAUAUUUGGCUCCAUUUCCACGCAUCAAUCAACGGAGACACGUUUGGUUAAGCUUUUGAGCCAGAGAAAAGAUCGCAACACUUUGGAAGUACAAAUCCUAUGCAGUCAAACAUUGCAGUAUUGGCAGGUUGGUGAAACAGAACGGCUACUAUACCAAUGCGAUAUUGACAAAUGGGCGAGAGACUCACUCAUUGCGCACGUCUGGAGUAGGAGCAACGCCAUCCACCAUUUGAGAGUCUGGGUUCUUGAUGCUCAGGUUCACAAGAGCGAAUUGGUUUUGCUGAUUGCCGCCUCCAAUCCCAACCUGAACUCUCAGAUCCAAUAUGCCUUGGCCGCUCUCCCAUUACAAACGAGUUCUCCGCCCACUGGGUUCGACUCUUUUUGUGUCCUUAAGUUCGCCACAGACAUGUCCGAACGAUCAGACUCCUCUUCCCUGGAAUCACCUCCUCCUCCUCAAUGUCGCUUUGUUCUGGUUGGUUCAACAGCUUACCUUUAUUCGGAUAAAUGGAUCCUGUGCGUACCGUCUAACGAGCCAUUAGAAGAGCCCGACCGGCUUGAAGUCCGUGCUCCCAAUGAGCGUUUCCUUGGGGCAGGUGUCUUUAAUCAGCGACCAGUUUUUUUCUCUACACGCCAUGGUGUUUUGGUUUUACAGCCUUCUUCCGGUGGGCCAAACGACAGCCAAUCUUUUAUUGAUGAAUCAAUUAUGGAACACUCCCACAUUAUGGCUGAAACGCUUGAUCCUGCUCAGGUACGUCAGAGGUUUUCUCAGAAAAGUUAAAUAAUUUCACCCAAUCCAUUUAUCAUUCAGAUUGAAUCGACGUCAUCCAAAUUGAAAAUGGCGUUCUUCAACUUUUGCCGCAAAAAUGUCUAUGAAACGCAAACGUUGCUUGAGGAUUUAUUCUCUUCUCCCACAAGUAAAGGGCAAAUCGAUUCUCUAUUGGAUCGUAUGGUAGUUGAACUCAGCCAAAAGAUCAUCGACGACUAUCCAGCAUCCGAUCCCCGCUGGACAGAUUCAGUUCCAGCAGGCCACGAAUCCACAUUCACAACUGUAUCUUUAUUAGUCCUUCAUCAGUUGGAAGACAAAGUCAAGGCCCAUGAUCUAUUUCUGACUUUCCUUCGGAACAUGUCCAUUUGGGGAGACUUGACAGCAAUCGGUGACCGCCGUGGUGCCAAAUCUAGUGCAUUCGUGCUUAUGGAACAUGCUGAAAAAUUGCGGUCAGCCUUGGCCUUACGUGCUCUCCAUACACCCGGCUCCACGCUCAUCGAUACUGCCAUCCGCCGUGUCCUUCAAGAACGAGCAGUUGAACAAACCAACGACAAAUUGACGCAGCAAGAUCAUUUCUACAGAAACAUUUUAGCACUUGGAGAUUUCUUUCCUUGUUUCGUGGAUGUCGUCUGCGAAACCGUGGCCAGCAUGGGGGGCUCUCCAUCCGAUAAAGUCAAACCGAUCAGCAAUGCCGCCAACUUUAUCGUUGCGAUGACCAACGCUGCCCGUGACUACCGAGCCCGCAAUAUCGAUUUGUUGGAGCAGUGUGAAAACAGCUUCGAAACUCUGCCCUGGAUUGCCGCACCUGGACCUAGAAGCGUACGAUCGUCAAUCGUGCGGCUGUUGCAUCUUCUUGUCGAAGAAGGAGUGGCUAAUGCAGAUGAUGCUGGUCUCCGAAGUAAUCUUUGGAGUCAAGCCGCUAAUCUAGCUGACAUCCUACUGGAUGCCCUCAAACUAUACCUAGACAGUUGUGAAGAAAACGGUUCAGUUUUUGCCCAGGCGAGGCAAGAAGUCCAAUCGGAACGAAGUGCCAUCUUAGAUUUGUUCCUGAAAGGACGCGAAUUCGACCGAGCAGCUCUUUUAGCUGAGAAAUACGUCGAUUUUGCAGCUUUGCUCACAGUUUGUGAUGAAACGAUGAAUGAAGACAAGUUGAAUGUUUACAUAGACAAACUCGGUGAUUCUGGUUUUACCGAGUUCGCGUGCAAGUGGUACAUGCAACGCAACCAACGUGAAAAAUUGCUCCGGCUACGACGUCCGGAAGUCAGCACUUUCCUAGAAAACCACCCGGACAUCCUGUGGGUGGAUCAGUCCGAGAACGAACUUUAUUUGGAAGCAGCUCGUACUUUGACCAAUUUGGCAAGCAUGGAGAAAGAUCUUUAUAGCCGAAAGAGGACUCUCCUAAGCUUAGCAAAACUACAUCUCGUCACCGAAGAAAAGUUGGGUCCUGAUCCUGAAGUCGUUCAAGCAGAAAUGGAAAUCGUAGAAGCCGAACUUGCCCUACUGAUGCAUCAAGAACAACUUCCUGCUAUGGUUUUACAAGCUUACGAUCUUGAUCCCAACACGAUGAGAGUGUUCACCGCAUCCGAAUUAAUCGAGAUGUACAUUUGCGACGAAAAUGUUCUGGCCAAUGAACUCGACUUCAAAAAGGCUUUGGAUUUAUUGAACUUCCUGGAGAAUCCCGAUGAAAGAGAGUCCCGACGACUUCGAAUUUGGGCAAAAGCCAUUCUGCGUGACGCAUGGACGCAGUUUGACAUGGACAACGUGCUGCAGUCAAUCAGCGGAACGAUCUUUUUUAAGAUUAUUGAGUUCGCUCUUGGCACGGGGGAAGAUUUGGCCGAUUUACUACCUAACCCAGAAGAAAUCUUGCAGGAGCCGCAGUUAUCCGAAUUGGCCGGCAAUGACGUGUUCCAGUUUCUGUUGAAGGCCGUCUACGAGCACGUCAAUUCUCUAAUGGAAGCCACUCGUUAAACAUAUAUUUAAGAUAAUGAUGGUUCAUUUCCUCCUUGUUUAUUUUUAGUACGCCUUGUGUCAGAAAACAGUGUGCACCUACCUCGCAACGAGGAUUGUGAACAACAAAAUACAAAAGGAUUUUCAUACGA